AAAAAAACUUCCUGCUAACGUUGGCUACUGCUGCUCUCACACAGGUGGCUCGUACUCUGAAAUAGUUGAACUAAAGUAAAGAUCGUUAUUCUUGAACUGGACUCAACAUGCUGGUAAACAGCAGAGAGGAAGCGAGAGGCCCAACUCGUCGGAGAAUCUGUCUCCCUCCAGCAGGCGUACAACCCAACUGAGCCAUGUCAUCACGCGUGCUGCUUCGGCAGCAGCUGAUGCGGGAACAAGCCCAGGAACAAGAGAGACGGGAGGCCCAGCAGCAGGCCUCUGUGGCUCAGCUCAGGGCAACUGACUCCACCCCUGCAAUCUCUGUCACUCUGCCCCCAAUGGCUGCUCGCCCUCCGCCCACACAGGUGCCCGUGGAGGUGUUGAAGGUGCAGACCCAUCUGGAGAACCCCACCAAGUAUCACAUCCAGCAGUCUCAGAGGCAGCAGGUGAAGCAGUAUCUCUCCACCACCCUCGGCGAUAAGGUGGCACCUCAGACCCCGGGUGUGUCUCCCUUGCCACUGUCUAGCUCUGCCCCUGAGAUGGCUCCCACAGCCCUCAGUGCUCCAAACAGCUCAAUGGCUUUACUCAACCUGGGAUCCAACAAAGAGGAGAUAGAUGGCGUAAUUGACGACAUCAUCAGCCUUGAAUCAAGUUUCAAUGAUGACUUCAUGACGUUAAUUGACUUGGGUCUACAGCUGCCUAGUACGCUCCCCGGUAACCUCCUGGAUGUAUACCAUAGUCCUGGAAUGGCAGCACCUACCCUCACUGUCAGCAACUCCUGCCCUGCAGAUCUGACCAGUAUUAAAAGGGAAUACUCUGAUACCAAAGCGCUGGUGAAAGAAAGACAGAAGAAAGACAACCAUAACCUCAUUGAGAGGAGGCGGAGGUUUAACAUCAAUGACCGCAUAACGGAGCUGGGGUCCAUAAUACCAAAGUCAAGUGAUCCGGAGAUGCGCUGGAAUAAGGGCACCAUUCUGAAGACCUCGGUGGACUACAUCAGGAAGCUGCAGAAGGAGCAGCAGAGAGCCAAGGAGGUAGAGAUGCGUCAGAAGAAGCUGGAACAUGCUAACCACAGCUUGAUGCUGCGCAUCCAGGAGUUGGAGAUGCAGGCUCGGCUCCAUGGCCUCUCCAGCCCGGUGUCCCAUGGCCUGAGUUCAGACCCCUCCCUCCUCCAGCAGCAGCACCUUCAGCAGGGAGACCAUACACUGGGGCCCAGCACUGGAGAGGCCUGCUCCCAAACCUUUCUCAGCCUCGGGGCCGCAGCCAUGGCACAGCCUGUCCCUACCUCCUUCCUCUCCCCACCCUCCUCUGACUCCCCGGUGGGUGUGACCAUAAGCAGCCCCCUGGACCUGGGCAGUCUGAGCUUCCCUGAGCUGGAUGACCCCUCCAAUGCUGGGCUGUACCUAGACGUGGGGUUGGGGGACAUCCUCAUGGACGAGGAGUGCACACUGUCCCCAGAGAGGAUGGACCCGCUGUUUUUCGUGUCACCAGGUGCCUCAAAGACCAGCAGUCGUAGGAGCAGCUUCAGCAUGGAGGAGGACUUGUAGCGGGGUCAUACUGGGGUCAAAGUGGUAGAGAGAGACCAGGGAGUUGGGGAAUGAGAGGGUUGGGGAAAGAAGGAGGAGCACUGGAAAAUAAGAGCUAGAACAUAUGGGACUGGACUCUGCUUUAAAACAAACAGCCAACCGUUUCACAAAAAAUUACUUUGAUCUGAAUCAUGCGUUGGUACAAAAUAAAUUGCAAUCUUUUCCUCCCUUACCAAGUUAAUAUUGGUCCCUGAUCUUAGAACCCCCCCCCCCUUUCAGUACACCAUCAAUGAUGAAUACAAUGAUUUUCAAAUGGAACAUAGUAAAAUGAGGAUUUGGAUAUGGACAUAGAUUUUUAUUUUGAAAACCUUUUCUUGCAAGGCUCAACUCAACCAAGAUUUCCCUGCACAUAAAUUAAAGAGGAAACAUUGGUGGUUUAGUCAAGUACAGUGUUUUAUUGUAGAGUAUAUACAUUGUGCACUUUAACUUUUGUGGGAAGAAAGCAGUGAGGUUCUUGUCUAUUUAGUGAAAUUGGCAUGAACUACAUAACGGGUGCUCUAUUGAAUUUAGAUAUGUUUUAACUGGCUUGAAAAUCAGGGUUUGUACACUUAAAGUGCACAAGUGAAUGUGUUUUACACAUCUCAUGUUUGUCUAACAAAAAUGUACCAAAGGGAUAUUUUAUUAAAUAUAUGGCACAUGGUUUGUGAUAAAAAAUAAAUAUUUGACCUAUAAAAACAAAAAUGUAUAUAUAUAUAUUUACUGUAUCUUACAUUUUAAAAUAUUUGUGAACUUUCAAAACAUGUUUGUUGCACCUUUUCCUGUUGUUUAUGCAUUUUAAAAAGCUUUUGUCUGUUGAAUGGCUAUACAGCCAGAAUGUAACUCAACAAGACAAAGAUA